AAACUGGCGUUCAUGGUGUCUCUGGGCCUCGUAACACACGACCACCUGGAAGAGAUCCAGAGCAAGCGGCAGGAGCAGAGGAGGACGACGGCCAACCCGGUCUACAGCGGCGCCGUGUUCGAGCCCGAGAGGAAGAAGAGCGCCGUGAGUUACCUGAACAGCCCUCUGCACCAGGGGACCCGGAAGAGAGGUCGCCCGCCCAAACACAGCAGCGUCCUGGAGCUGGGCAGCCUCACCCCGACCUCCCCCUCCAGCCCCGCACACCCCCUCCCCCUGCCCAGCCCCAGCUCUGGGGACGGAGACAUCCAUGAGGAUUUCUGCACUGUGUGCAGACGCAGUGGCCAGUUGCUCAUGUGCGACACGUGUUCUCGUGUUUUUCACCUGGACUGCCUGGAUCCGCCCCUGAAAACCAUUCCUAAAGGCAUGUGGAUCUGUCCAAAAUGUCAAGAUCAGAUCCUGAAGAAAGAAGAAGCCAUUCCCUGGCCCGGCACGCUGGCUAUCGUUCAUUCCUACAUCGCUUACAAAGAAGCUAAAGAAGAGGAGAAACAGAAGCUGAUGAAGUGGAGCUGUGAACUGAAGCUGGAGCGAGAGCAGCUGGAGCAGAGAGUCAAACAGCUCAGCAACUCCAUCACGAAAUGCAUGGAGACCAAAAACAGCAUCCUGGCUCGUCAGAAAGACAUGCAUCACUCCCUGGAGAAAGUCAAACACCUGAUUCGCCUCAUCCAAGCCUUCAGUUUCAACCAGGCUCUGGCAGAGACAGACGGUAAGGACGUCGGCUCCCAGGACAGGGUCAGCGUCCAGGACAGAGUCAGCACCCAGGACAGAGUCCAGGACAGAGUCAGCACCCAGGACAGAGUCCAGGACGGCGCAUCCGAUGCAGCAGACGCCUCUGAAAAAGCUGCAGUCGCAUCCGAUGCAGCAGACGCUUCUGAGAAAGCUGCAGUCGCAUCCGAAGCUGCAGCAGCUUCUGAGAAAGCUGCAGCAGAAGCUAACUCUGUGGAGAAAGCGGCAGCCGGGAGCUCGGCGUCAAACAGCAGCAGCAACGCCGACGGAAACGAGAAACAACACGAGCACGACGCCACAGGGAGCAGCCAGGCAGCAGGGAGUGGAGACGCUGGCAGCCAGGCGGUCCUAGAAGACAGCGGCAUCCUGACGGCAGAGACCAGCCCCGGUACUGGGGUGGAGGGGCAGGCGGGGCCCGGGGAGGGGGCGGGGGGAGGGGGCGACGAGGUUGGGUCCAGACCCGAGUCUGAGGCGGCUCCGCCGGCUGACAUUCCCGUUCCCUCGGCGAGUGUCGCUACGACCAACGGCACGGCGGAGCCGGCUGCUGACCACAGCCCCGCGGGAGCCUGCACCAACAACGGCAACACCCCCUCUGAGAACAAGAUGGCUGCCGCCAACCCCGCAGAGAUGGCGGUGGAUCAGAAACGGGACGAGAUCACCGACCGCGGCGGCAGCAGCAGCAACAACAGCAACAGCAAAACCUCAGAACCCUCCCAGCAUUGGUUGCCAGCUCUCGUCAGCAGUUUGGACAAUAAGAAGUAACGCUUUGGCUCUAAAAAUUGCGGGAAUUCAAACAUAUAUAUUAAAAAAAACCAGACUUUUGCUUGCGCCGCACGGUGCCCUGAAGUUGCCAAUCUGUAUAAAUGUUGUUUGUUUGCAUUGUAUCGUCAGACUGUGUCAAUGG